GCAUCCAACGAUCAAGGCUUCUUUGUUCGUUCAGACUCUUACACUGAUCCUCAAAGUGGAUUGAUUCACGUUUACGUCAAACAAACCAUCAACGGUCUCGUUGUGGAAGAUGGAGAUAUGAACGUCGUCUUUUCCGCAGACGGUCAAGUUCUAUCGUACGGCAGCUCAUUGUAUGCAGGUGAGGUACCUUUGGCAUUCUCCAACCCAAUCCACACGCAACUAACAUACUCGGAGGCACAAUGCCAAUCAAUUCGCGAUGAGAUCACUUCAAAGUCAAGCAAAAAGUUGUACAAGCGUGACCAGCUUGUCUUUAUGGCAGAAGAUGGCGAGCAAAACAUUGCCUCUUCAUCAGAUGACAGCUUGAAGACCCUCCAACACGACUUGUACAUCAAUUGCAACGAUCCCUCCGAUUCUCCCUACCUCCAAGGAAGUGAACUCGGCUCACGUAUCCCAGGCACCCUCUCAGGUAAAUCGGCAAGUGACCCCAUCAUUGACGCCCGCUUGGCCGCUCUUCACUUUGUCAAGAUUGCAACUGCUGACGAUCAGAUCGCCUUCAGUCUCAGUCAAUCAGAUGACAGCGUCGAAAAGGCAGCCGCAUCAAUCUCAUCCACAUUUGAACAAUCUAUGCGACCUGAUGGACGACAUGAACAAGUGGAGAAGCUUCAUUCCGUUCCUGGCACUACUGAUGCAGUCUCUGCUCGUCUAGGAUACAUUCAAACAGAAGAUGGUUUACUCAAUUUAGUCUGGCGUAUGGAAGUACCAAUGGACCACGCUCAAAACAGCAACUUCUAUCAAAUCACAGUGGAUGCCACCACCGGUGAAGUACGCACGAGCGCUGAUUGGGUGGCUAGUGCACCAGCCCAUGCAUUUGAAGACGAAGACACUUCUGAAGCAUACUACAAAGUUAUGCGUUGGGGCUUAAACGAUCCAAGCGAAGGCAAUAGAACUUUGGAAGGUGGUGCAUUCGAUCGAACCGCUUCACCUUACGGCUGGCACACUGUCCCUCACAAAAAGUCUUACAAGGACACUCGCGGAAACAAUGUGAUCGCCAGCGCAUUCGGUGCUGGAAUGGAAGAUUAUCAAGAUCCUACUCGACCAAGACCCCAAGGUAAACGUGCAGAGAAUGGCUCUUUGGUAUUCGACUUCAAGUUCCCAUGGCGUGCGGCUGACAAAGCGCAUGAAGAUUUAAGUCCGGAUGACUAUGCUGAUGCAUCUACAGUCAAUUUGUUCUACACACUCAACAUGUACCAUGAUCUCAUGUACUUGUACGGCUUCACACCUGCAGCUGGAAACUUUGAAGAAGGCGAAGCAGAAGAAGGAGGUCGUGGUGGUGAUGCAAUCAUUGCUUAUUCCAUCUCAUCUGCUGGUAUUAACAAUGCCGACUUUACAACACCUCCCGAUGGAACCAAGCCACGUGUGCGUAUGUACAAAUGGCACACAAAGGAAAACAGAACUGAACGUGACGGUGACUUUGAAGAGGGUAUCAUUGUUCACGAGAUGACGCAUGGUAUUUCAACACGUUUGACCGGAGGCCCAUCCGAUUCAAGUUGUUUAGGUUGGGGUGAAAGUGGUGGUAUGGGCGAAGGAUGGGGUGAUUAUCUUGCUACUAUCAUUCGUCGUAAAUCGCCAACUCGUGACAUCUACACCAUGGGAAGCUGGGCAUCUCACAACAAGGCCGGUAUCCGAAAGUACCCUUACAGCACCAACUUGACUUUAAGUCCGGAAACUUACAAAACACUUGACUCUCCUGCCUACUGGGGUGUGCAUACGAUUGGCGAAGUAUGGUCGGCGAUGCUAUAUGACGUAGAAGAGGGAUUGCGAUCGAAGUUAGGAUGGUCACCAGACUUGUUCCCACCAAGUGCCGAUGCGACCCAAGCGGAGCAAGAUGAAUUUUGGCUUACGGCCGAAGAAGUGAACAAUUUGACCGGCGGUAAGCCAAGAGCCAGUAAACGUCGUGUCCCUCGUCAUGGAAACACAUUGGCCGUUCAAUUGGUCAUCGAUGGAAUGAAAUUACAUCCUUGUAGACCAAAAUUCUUUGAGGCGCGCGACGCGAUCAUUCAAGCAGACAAACACCUAACUGGUGGCGCCAACGAGUGCGUGAUCUGGGAACGCUUUGCAAAACGUGGUUUGGGUACCGAUGCAAAGGUUGUCGGUCAAACACCAUGGGGCGGCGGUGUUCGCACAAACGGUCACAAGGUUCCGGCCAAGUGC